AUGGGGGUUGCAACAGACAAGUAUGCGUUUGAAAAGUCGGGAUUACUGCUUUUGCAUUUAAAGACUCGCAAGCAUCCUAACGGUAUUGAACAUAUUGAUCGUCAACCCAGACUCAACGCAGUGUACAAUUCGUUUGCAAGAAAGCUUCAAGAUGAAUGCAAAUAUCCUUUCCAGUUUAUUAGUGCUUUAGUCAGCCUAGUUGGAGGAAAGUGA